AAGGAGGUGGGGGCAGGGAAUGGUGAUGAAGGGGUAGAGGUGGAUACAUGGGCCGGGGAAGGGACGGAGGAAGAUGCAUGAAGUCACGUGCAUUGAAGCGCUUGUUUUGUGAGUGAGAGUGACUAUUGGAAGCGGCAGCCCUGUGUGUGUGUGUGUGUGUGUGUGUGAUUCAGUGUAGUUCAGAGAGGUGGUGUGAGCAGACGCAGGCAGACGGAGGGGACAGAGCAAGGCCGACAGACGGAGGCAGGGUCAUAGAGGAGGAGGGUUGCCCAGUGUCCACAAACAAACAUCCACGGACUCGCUCGCACACCUCGUCGCCUCCUCCUUCACUCCACCCUCCAUCGGUCCCGCGAGCACACUGGUUUUCAAGCACCUGCAUCAUGGCCUCUAACAAGGCAGACCUCACCACCGCCACCAACACCCCUCCCCGUCGCCCUGCCCCCAGUCCCAUGAACUUCAGCUCCACCACCACCACCACCUCAGAGACGGCGCCACUGUUGCACCGGGAAGACCCGCCGCCACGUUAUUCCGCUAUCGAGCCUGCGUGGGAUGUGCCUCUAGACAACCCAGCCGCUGGGCACACCGCCAACCUAACCACUACUCACACCGCUCCAGCCCCUCCUGGCCAGACUUCUCUUGCCAGCCCUGGCUCAACACAAAGCUACAGUUUUCCCCCCGGGUGGUGGUCGUGGGUGCCGGGACCAGCCCAGCUGUUUCCCCCGGGAUUGGAACACCUGAACAACGUGAGCAGCCUGUCAAUUUACAAGAAAGGGCGAAAGUUCUACAUCAAGCGGAGUGUGGACGUGCUCUACACAACACGACCGCUGAAGGACACCAAGGGGACUGCGAUAUACCGUGUGCAGAACAACGCCAACCUGGACGUGCUGCAGCUCACCUCCACCACCAAGAAGGAGUCCAUCCUCUCGCCAUACUUCCUGCAUGUGGAGGUGUCAUUCCCCCCUGGCAACGUGGUGGGUGUGGUGCAGGGGAGCGGUUCCAAGUACACAGGCCACAACCCUUCAGGAGACCUGCUCUUUGUUGUCCACAAGGAGUCUACGUCAUGCUGCAAAAAGCCAAAUUUCAGGGUGGAGACAAAGGAGACUCUACCACUAGGGGCCCUGGAGUGGGUCCGGGCUCCAGGCUGCUGCUGUAGGGACCGGAAUAUCAUGGAGAUCUGCUUCCCCGUGGAGCUUGACCUCAGGUGGAAGUCUCUCCUCCUGGGUGGUGCCUUGGUCCUUGUGUUGGUGGCCUUGCCCUGCACCGUGCGUAGCCUGAAAAUCACCGACUGGGAGGCGGAGACUUUUAAUACUGAAAUACCUACCGACACCACCAAGGACACAACGGGCGGUUCAGGUGGUUCGGGUGGCUCUGGCGGCUCUGGUGGGUCUGGCGGAAGCACCGGAUCAUGUGAGUGCGGUGUGCCCAACCUGACUCGCAUUGUGAAUGGAGCCACCGUGAGCCCCGCGCACAAGUACCCGUGGCACGUGGGUCUCAAGAAGAAAGGGGAGUCAUCAUACUGGUGCGGCGGCACAAUCAUCAACAACAAGUACGCAAUUACCGCCGCCCAUUGCUUCUUCAAUCAAGCAGGUGAACGUGAGUCCGACGAGGGCCUGGUAGUGGGCGUGGCCGAUCACGAUAUGUCGAGCACGAGUGAUGACGUGAAGGGGGUGACGCGGCUGGUCAACGUGAAGAAGGUAAUCCUUAAUGAGAAGUAUAACAAACAGAAUGGUGACAGCGACAUUGCUCUGCUGCUGCUGGAGGAAACACUCGACCUCAGCAAGAACAAGGAGCUGCGCGCCGUGUGUCUGCCCAAGGACGACUCUAAGACCUACGCGGGGGUUAAAGGCAUUGCCACCGGCUGGGGAAAUCUAAAGGAAGCCGGGUCGCAGCCUGAUAAGCUUCAGGAAGUGGAUCUGCCCAUUCUAGACCCGAUGUGCUGGAACCACGACGUCACCCCGAAUAUGGUAUGCGCCGGUUACAAGGACGGCAGCAAGGACACCUGCCAAGGGGACUCCGGAGGACCGCUUUACGUCAAGGAGGGUGCCAAGCUCGUGCAGGUCGGAGUAACCUCUUUCGGCACCGGUAAGUGUGCUGAUCCUGGUAAUCCCGGCGUCUACGCCAGGGUGUCCAAGUUCCUGACGUGGAUCAAGGAGAAAACCUCAGAUGCCACCUACUGCAAGUGAUGAUCCUGCCCUGCCCUGCCCUGUUUGAACAAUGCUCCUUUCACUUGUAAACUCUGAAACUGCCUUCCUUUGUCUUUCGUUCGUCCUCCGACGUAGAGGAGGGGAGUAUUAAGACACCACUCCAUAUAAUAUUGACACUCGGCUACUCUAUCAACUAUUCGCAAGAGCAGCACCAGCGGACUUUUUUGUUUCCUCCUUUUCUUUAUCCCUUGAGCUUCCUACUUCAGUGUGAUAAAAAAACGUACAGCUAUCUACCAUAAUUGCCACAAUGUUGCAAAGAGAGGGAGAGUAAUAAAGACCUUGCCAACAACA